GUCUUGCAAACUAGGUUGCGUAUUCUGCUCUGCAAUGCGUUGACAUAGCAAGGAAGGAAUGCGUUUCGUAUGACGUUGAAUUGUUAUUCCUUGUGUUCGUGUUGACAAGAGUAUUGAAUAAAGUAUUUAUAUGUUUAGUGUUUUCUCUCGGUCCGUAAUGGCACCGGGUGUUUAGAGUGCUGUGGUAUUUGGCGUGCAUCGUGUAAAUUAUAACACUCAAGUGUAAAAGACUUAUCAAAAGAAUGACAUAAUGAGUUGCAACGAAGAUGAGACUCAUUUGCAGUACAGUGGGGAUGAUAAUGUGAUAUGUGAUUCUAAUAGUGUUGACAGCAACUCAGUUUCUCUUAAAAAUAUAGCUACCAGACACUCCACAGAUACAAUAGUUGUUAGCAAUGAUUUUGCAGUGUUGAGUGGUGAAAAACCUGAUAGUUAUGCCGAAAUGAUAGAAAAUGAGAGCCUUGAAGGGGCUAGUGCUGAGGAACCAACAGAGAAUGGUUUGAACAAUGCUGAAGUUCAGCUCUCUGCCAAAGUCAUUGAUGUCGAGAGCUCAGAGAACCAGGAUGGGGCCAGCAGCAACCCACAGCUGUGUGUGAGUGAGUCGGACGAUGAGAACAAGGCUAGGGCGGUGCAAGACACGAGCAUGAACAGCGGGACAUGGGGGCACGAACCCUCAGACUUGGGCGAUGCGUCUAUGUUUACUCGUCGUCGGGACAGCAGUUCGGAUUCUGUUGACUCGGAGAGCAGUAGCAGCAGUAGUUCGUCUGACUGGGACAGUUCGUCGGAUACUGCACAUGUCAGCGACGACAGCGUGAGGGGCCCGCCGGCGCCCGCCGCCAGCGCCAAGCCCCGCAGGGCCGUGCUGCCCUCGGUCAAGACGAAGGGGGAGUUCACCCUGGACGACCUGCCGCCCAUCGAGGACCUGCACAUCAGCCUGCCCGAGGGCGAGUGCAAGGAGCUGGGCGCCGUGGUCAGCAUCGUCGACCAGCUGGUGGUGGUGGAGCCCCACCGGGACCUGCCCACGCUAAACCUGGACAGCGUGCUGUUCCUGGACCACGGCAAGCGUGCCAUGGGCCACGUGUUCGACGUGUUCGGGCGGGUGAAGGAGCCCCUCUACUGUGUGCGCUUCAACUCGGUGGACCACAUCCGGGACACGGGCGUCUCCGUUGGCACAAAGGUCUACUGCGCGCCCGACACUCCGUACACAAACUACGUGUUCGUCAAUCAGCUGCUGAGCUUGCGAGGUUCCGAUGCCUCAUGGGAGCAGGACAAUGAGCCACCAUCGUCUGUCGUGUUCUACUCGGACGAUGAGGAAGAGAGGGAGGCUCGUCGGAAGUCGCAACAUGAGAAGUCGAAGCUGCGCACAGGAGAAAGUGGGGAUGGAUCACCAGCAACACAAGAGCCAAAGCCAAAGCGACUGAACUUGAUGGAAGAGAGGAAUAAUCGACGCAAUCUCCUCCUCAAUGCAACCUACAGCAGCUCUUCACAGCAUGGCAAGCGACAAGCCAGAGGUCGAGGCUGGGUAGCCCCAAAUCCUGACGAUUUCAUCAUCAAGCCUUCCUCCUUUUCCUUCAGUACAAACUGGCAGCCAGCACCUCAGAACAGCCAGCCGGACGUCAAACCCAGAUUCCCCCCACCGUCUUCAUCCCCCGCAGCAAGUUCUCCACUGUUCGGUGUAUGUCGGCCUCCACAGUUUCCCUUCGCUGCCGCUGGUUUCUCCGUGCCUCCGCCCUUUGCUGCCGGCAAGAGCUUGUUCGGUGUUUUGCAGAGCCAGUCAUCCGACAUGCUCACCUUCGUCCAGCCUCCACCUUCCGGUCAGCCACCAGUAAGGACCUUCCCAGGGUCUGGUGGCUUCCCGUUCGUCACGUCGCAGCGUCCUCCGAGCAUGGCAGUGGGUACGCCCCGUCCGCCGGAGGUUACAGCUGUCCAGCCACGACCUUUCGGUAGCCCCGUGGCCAUUUCGUUCCGGCCCAUGCAGUGUCCGCCUGGUGUCUUGACGAGUCCUCCCCCACCACUCGGUAUCUCCUUCAAUGUGGUCCAACAUCCGCCCGAUCUUUCGGCCGGACGGCUAGCGAUGACCAGGCCGUUCGUGCCACCAAACUGCAUGACUGGUAUGGGAAGCCAACGAAGAGAGUAUGCGGAUGCUGCUACUACUUCGAAGCAGAUGGUGUUCAAUCCUUCGCACCCCCCUCCCAACCUGCCCUUCAACUCUUCUGCUACUGGUAAGAAUUUCAGUGGUUCCAGUCCUCGGUCAUUCAGCCCGGUGUCAAGAGUGGUUCUGAAUCCCGCUUCGAACACCAGCAACUCCCUGGCAAGGGGUGUUCCGUGCCAGCAGCAGAGUCGUGCUGCUUUGCCGUUCAACCCCGCUCGGCGCCCUCCUGUACCGCAGCAGUCGUCACCGCCUGUGUUCGCAGCUCCUUGGUCGCGGGACCCUUGGCACACUCCCGGCACCGCUCCCCGCCCUAGCGGAGUGUGGUCUCGGCUGCCCGGCGAUGUGUGGCAGCCCCGAGCUCCUGGCACGCCGUCGUGCCCUACAUGGCAGGUUCCUAGCACGUCUUGGAGGCCGCCUGGCACGGCCCGGCCGCCGGUGUGGCAGACCUGCGACCAGCCACUUGCCCCGGGACAGCCCGCUUUGUUGCAGUUCGACGUGCUGAGGCUGCGUUCACCCCCACCACCGCCCCAGUCUUCGUCCGAGUCGUCCUUCUAUCGCUAGUACAUGCCUGGUGUAUUCACUUACACCACAUGUUUUAUAACUGUGAGCAAACACAGUUUCUUAAGUGUUUGUGUAGGAUAAAAGUUACCACUAGAGAUAGAAAACUCUUUAGUCUGCUGGAUUUGACGUGCAUUCUUGGUAGACAGUUUUGGUUUAUACUAUUAUGAUGUUUAUAACUCAUUUAUGUUUACAGUUAAUAGUAUUCGUUUAGCUUAAAAAAAAUAUGUUUUAAGCUCUAUAAUAAAAAAAUUAAAAAAUAUAUAUAUUGAAUUCAAUGUAUUGUGUAUAUUAUGAUUUGUGUUGUCUACAUAGUAUUGUUUAACAGUAAAGUAAUAGCACAUGUAGGAAGUGAAUGCAGUGGUAUAACUGUUUUCAACACCAAAAUGUUAUGACAGCUUAUUAAUAUUUCUGUCAUUUUAAUGUUUACAGUGCAAUACGCAUACAGUGUUAAAAAUAUCUGCUUUAUCCUCUCUACCCAUCCACACUUUGUCAAACAUAUUUAACUGUAUUGCAGUUUGUCCAUAUUGUCAAUAUAGGCAUUGAUUUGGUAACAUUAACCAAAAUCUUGUUUUAUUUUUUU